AAACGUUUCGCAACACUGGCGUUACUAGCGCCGGCUGGAAUACCCCGCGUUGUUUAUUGUUAAAUUCUUUUCGCAUGUUAUUUAUUUAUAAUAAAUGAUUUUUACUUUACGCCAUGGGUGUAACGGGUUUGUGGAAAUUAAUCGAACCAUGCGGGAAGCCUGUGCCCGUGGAAACACUAGAAGGCAAAAUACUUGCAGUUGAUAUAUCUAUAUGGCUGCACCAGGUUGUGAAGGGUUUCCAGGAUAGCAAGGGAUCGGCCCUCAACAAUGCCCAUUUGUUGGGUUUGUUCCAUCGUCUGUGCAAACUGCUCUAUUACAGGGUACGACCCGUGUUCAUCUUUGAUGGAUGUGUUCCUCAACUCAAGAGGGACACUAUUGCUCGGCGUCAGCAGCAGCGCAACAAGCUGAGCAACGAGGCCGAUCGCAUUCAGGCCUUGCUUCUCCAGUCCUUGGCCAAGGAGAAGGUAGUGCAACAGGCGCUGGGGAAGAAUGCUGAGCUGCUUUUAAAGUCUCCGGCCAAGAGGCCACCACCGGGCAAGAGCAAGGAUAAUGAGGAUGAUAUGUUCAAGUUGCCGGAGCUUCCAGCAGCAGCAGCCGGGACGGAAAACCCGGACGAAAGCGACCAAGACAUGGACUGCACCAGUGCCAGUGCCACCUCCGAUAGCUCCUUCGACGAGUCAAACGCUCGUCAUGCAUACCAAUCCAGUCUGCAGGCUAUCGAUGUGAAGAGUCAACAUUUCCGGAAUCUUCCUGCUGAUGUGCGUCACGAAAUUCUAACAGAUAUCAAAGAGACCCGCAAACAGUCAUCCUGGGGCCGCCUGCACGAGCUUCCAGCCCGCAGCGACGAUUUCUGCUCCUUUCAAAUGAAACGUCUCUUAAAACGCCGAGCGGUUCAGGAGAGUUUGGAGCAGGCGGAGCAAGAAAUGGGCGGUCGCACGCUCACCUACUCAGAGCUGUGCGACUUCUUCAAUGAGGAGGGCAUCGUCACCCCAUCGGCCAUUGAGCAGAGCACUCGCCAAAUCAGUUCCGAUGAGCACACACGGUUUCUGUUGGUCAGAGAUCUUAAGAAAAAGGCUCUGGAGAGUGUCAAGGAAGAAGUCAAGAUCGAAAAGGUUGAGGUGGAGGAAAAGCCAAGCACAUCUACCGCAGCAAAGUCCGAUGAACAUGCCGAACUGGGAACUGAGUAUGACGAGGACUUGGCGAAAGCCUUGGCCAUGUCCAUGGAGGAGACGAAAGUGUACGAUGAGAAAGAUUAUGAGUACGACUCGGAUCAGGAGUUGCGUCUAAACCGCGCCCAAAGCAAGCAACUGAAGCACGCGGCCAAAGGCCCGGCUCGGGCUUACAUGAUCGAAUAUGGAGGAAUGAACGACGAGGAAGUCGGCAACAUUAUGGAGGCCACUCAGCUGAACGACACCCAAAGCCUGGAGAAGUUAUUCGAGACAUCAAUAGUCCCAGCUGAUACAGCAAACGAUUCGAUAGAAGAAGCCAAACUGAUCUCGCGGGCCAUUGAAGAAAGUAAGGAGAUCUCGCAAGCCAUUAAGGGGAGCCUGGACGAGGAUAAAGUAGAGGUUAUACACUUAGACACUGACUCCGACUUCGAAGAGGUUGGGAAGGUAAAAGAGAGCAAGAAAAAUGAGGCUGCUCUUGAGAUUCAAAUAGAUAUUACGAAGGAUCUACAACCUUCGAGCGAUUUAUUCGCGGAUAUAUUUGAAAAGGUAGGAGCUGUGAGUGUUAGUCAAAAUAGUAGUGAUGAGGAUGAUGAUGACUUUAUAGAAGUUAGCGAAAGUGAGAAUGAGAAACUCUCACAAGAUGUUAAAAAUGACUUGGAGGUAGAUUCGGGAAGCACUGUUAGCAAGGAUGAGAUGAAAAUACAAGCGAGUUCAGAUGAAAUCGUUGAGGUCAAGGACAGUCAGGAAAUGGAAUUAAUUACCGAUUCUAAAGCAAACAAGGAGGAUGAAAUAGUGGAGAUCAAAGACAGUCAAGAGCUAGAACUAAUGGAAAAAGAAAAAGAGAACCCCACACUCCUGAAAGCUAAACCAGACUUGGAUUCUAUUCUCAAUCAACUUAAAAAAGAAACUGCUGCCGUGAAGAAUAUAACUUUGAAUCUGAAUGAAGAAGUAGAUCCGAAACAAAAAGUAGCUCUCGGGUCAAUCUUAGACGAUCUGAAGGCGGAAAUGGCCGAAGUCAAAAACAUAAAACUGGAACAAGUUAAAUUGAAUAGUAGUACCACCAUCGAGCUGUCCUCCGACGACGAAGUAGUCGCAUCAAAAAACAAGUCUCUACAGAAUGAAGAAGUAAUCGAGUUGUGCGACAGUGAUGACAACAAAAAGGCUCGCAUUUCUCCAAACAAAACGCCGAGUAAAAAUAAGUCCAUUAAGGACUUUUUCGAAACUAGUUACGUGGUCAAGCGAACGCCUGAUAAGUCGCCAGCGGCGGAUGCCACACCUCCCCGAACGCCAAAGGUACCUCAGCCCUUCUACAGAAAACGAACACCCAAGUCCGGACGUAAAAGAGCGGCCGAGGAUGAUGAAGAUAGUGAUGAGGGAGUUUCACCAACGAAGAGAUCUAGCAAGGCAUCAAAGUCACUCUUUGAGUCAAAGGAGCCUGAGGUGGAAAAGACUGUAGACCCACAGGAACUAAUCAACGAUGCCGCUGAGGCGCUAAAGUCGCAAAAGACUUCAGAGGAGCUUCAGGAAAUGGCCACCAAUCUAGCCCAAGAGCGCAAGGAACUAGAAAUCGAGCGCAAUCGGCAGGAUCGCAUGGGCAUGUCGAUUAGCCAACGGAUGAGUAUAGAUUGCCAGGAGCUGUUGCGGCUCUUCGGGAUACCAUACAUUGUAGCGCCCAUGGAGGCGGAGGCGCAGUGCGCCUUCCUUAAUGCCGCAGAUCUCACCCAUGGUACCAUCACGGACGAUAGUGAUAUCUGGCUGUUUGGAGGAAGAACUGUUUAUAAGAAUUUCUUUGCUCAGAACAAGCAUGUGCUAGAGUUUCGAUCCGAGCAAAUCGAACAGACGUUCAACUGCAAUCGGGGAAAGCUGAUCCAACUGGCCUGUUUGGUGGGCAGCGACUACACAACGGGGAUUCACGGGAUUGGAGCUGUGACGGCUCUUGAAAUCCUCGCCUCUUUCUCUGGACACGACCCAAGUGCCCAAGGUGUCUCCAACCAGUCUGUUCUGCAAACGCUGAUUAAGUUUCGAGACUGGUGGCAGGCACACAAAAGUAGCAAUCUACCUCCCGGGAGCUCUGCCCGCCUUGCGCUUCGCAAGAAACUAAAAAACAUUGAGCUGCAUGAAGGAUUCCCCAAUGGAGCAGUGGUGGAGGCCUAUUUGACGCCCACCGUGGAUGACAAUAAGGAAGCCUUUAGUUGGGGCUCUCCCGAUGUUGAAUUGAUAAGAGAGUUCACCAGAAAAUCAUUUGGAUGGACUGCCUCCAAGACCGAUGACAUCCUUAUGCCGGUUAUCAAGAAAAUAAAUGAUAAAAAGGUCCAGGGCUCCAUUCGUAACUACUUUACGUCCAAGAGCGCCUUGCGGGUUCAGCAACCGCAGGUCAGUAAGCGUGUGCAGCUUGCGAUUGAUAAGAUGUCUGGGAAGAUUGAUGAGGACACACCAGAGAAGCCCAAGAAAGUGACCCGUACCAGACGGGCCAAGGCAGCACCAGCCCCAAAGGGCGAUGAUGAAGCAAUGGAGGCGCAACCUUCCACCUCAAAGCGUGGAAAGAGAAAGGCUCCUGCAGCAACUGUGAAUAAAGAACCAAACUUGGAGGAACCUUCCACAUCCCAGUCUACUCCCAAGCCAGAAAAAUGUCCGCGCAUUCCUAACACGAAGGAAGUCAUACCGCAGAGGGAAAAGGAUCUGGAGCAGAUGCGUUUGAACAAGGCGAAGGCAGCAGAAAUCUUAAAAAAGUCAGCCAAGGGCAAAAAGAACUAAACAUGAAAUUAAUUUCACCUAAUUUAAGUAUGAGUUUGAUUAUUAUAUCCUUAUAAUUUAUAGCACUCUUUGAGACUAGUUUCUUUUAUAGUUUGAAUCUAUGUUUAAGCCUGAAAUUUUUCGUUUGUGCUUGAAAGGCGAAUAAAAAAUGAGUCAAAAAGAACAA